GUAAAGAUCAGAGCUGAAAACAACAUGGCAGUCUAUACAGUACUCCUUCUGAGGCCCAACCCUCCUCUCCUUGAGGCCAAACCAUUAUUUCCCCAAAACAACAAAAGAUUAAUUGCCUUGAGAUUAGUUCAAUGCAGAAGCAAUCCAAAAAGCAAGAGCCCAGUCCUAAAAAACACAGUGGUCUCCAAAGAUGAAGAUUACAGGCUUUCUUGGUUAGAAGAGCUGAAAAGAGCUUACCCAUCACAGGCUUGUUCAGCUCAUGAAUGGGAAGAAGAUGAUGACAAGUUUCAAGAAAUGGUGGAUAGGAGGUGUGUGGACAAUGUGAGGAUGCUGAUAGUGGACUGUGUGCAGCAUGCAAAGGCUGGGCAUGGUGGGAUGGCUCUUGGAUUGGCAGAGGUUGGGUAUUUCCUGUAUAGGCAUGUUAUGAGGUUCAAUCCCCAAACUCCCAAAUGGUUUAAUAGGGAUAGGUUUGUUCUGAGUGCUGGCCAUGGAAGUUUGCUUCAGUAUGUUUGCCUUCAUCUCGCUGGCUUUCAAUCUGUUCAGAUUGAUGACCUAAAGAGGUUGUGCAAGCUUGGAAGUAGGACACCUGGUCACCCUGAGAAUGUGAUAACAGAAGGCAUUGAAGUCACAACAGGCCCCUUAGGGCAAGGUGUAGCAAAUGCAGUAGGCCUUGCCCUUGCAGAAGUGCAUUUGGCUUCAAGAUUCAACAAACCAGACAUUCCCAUUGUUGAUCAUAGAACGUACUGUAUAAUGGGCGAUGGAUGUUCCAUGGAGGGCGUAACGAACGAAGCUGCAUCACUGGCUGCACAUUGGAAGCUAAACAAACUCACUCUGCUUUAUGACGAUAACCAUAAUACAAUUGAUGGUACCACUGAUCUCACCGUUUCUGAAGACAUAUCAGCCCGGUUUGAAGCUCUGGGGUGGAACACCAUUACUGUUGAUAACACACAGGGAGAUAUGGAAGCAUUAAAGAAUGCACUUAACUCUGCUCAUACUGAGACUCAGAAGCCUACCUUCAUCAGGGUGAAAACAUGUAUAGGAAAGUUGUCAAAGAAGGAGGGGACAUCGAAAGCUCACCAUGGUACUUUUGAGGAAGAUGACGUGAAGCAAAUGAAACAGAAACUUAGAUGGGAUAAUGGGCGAGGGCCAUUCCAUGUUAUUCCCAUGCUCUACCGGGAAAUGAAACUCCAGGCAGAACAAGGAGAAACACUGGAGCAGGAGUGGCACUCCAAACUUUAUUCUUACCAGAACAAAUACCCCCAAGAAGCUAAACAAUUUAUAGCUCUCCUUAAUGGCGGGAUUGUUCCAGGCUGGGAAACUUCUUUACCGAGAUGGUUGAUGUCUGAUCCUGUGGAAGCGACACGAGGAUACUCCGGGAAGUGUCUGAACCAUCUUGCCAAGGUGGUUCCAGGGCUAAUUGGUGGAAGUGCAGACCUCGUGAGCUCGAACCAGGCAUAUCUCCAUGGCUAUGGAGAUUUCGAGCAGCCCGAUUCUCCGCGGGGGCGAAAUAUCAGAUAUGGGGUUCGGGAACACGCGAUGGCGGGGAUUUCAAAUGGAAUAGCACUGCACGGGGGAGGGUUAAUUCCAUUUGCAGCCACUUUCCUUGUGUUCUCAGAUUACAUGAAGAACUCGAUCAGACUCUCUGCGCUGAGCCAUGCCGGAGUGAUCUACAUUAUGACGCAUGAUUCAAUCGGGUUAGGAGAAGACGGGCCAACUCACCAACCCGUGGAGCAUCUCGCCGGCCUGAGAGCCAUUCCCCGCCUCCUGGUUUUCCGGCCGUCUGACGGGAAUGAAACUGCAGGGGCCUAUAAGGUGGCUAUCGCAAACAGAGACAAGCCAAGCCUGAUGGCCCUUUCGAGACAAAAAGUGGCAGCCAACAUGGACGGCACAUCGGCAGAUGGAGUGGGGAAAGGAGGGUACAUUAUAAGCGACAAUUCCGGUGAAGAACUGCCGGAAAUUAUACUGAUUGGGACCGGAUGGGAGCUGUGUUUAUGUGAAGAAAGCGCAGGAGUUUUGAGAAACGAAGGGAGGAGAGUGAGAGUGGUUUCUCUGGUGUGCUGGAGGCUUUUCGAGCGGCAGCCGAGGGAGUACAAGGAGGUGGUGCUGCCGUCGACGGUGAGAAAACGCGUUAGCGUGGAAGCAGGAUCGCCGUUGGGGUGGAGGGAGUAUGUAGGAGAUGAAGGUGUGGUGAUUGGCAUGGAUGAAUUUGGAGCUAGUGGACCAGACACACAUGUUUUCAAGAAAUAUGGUUUUACAGAGGAAAAUGUUUCCAAGACCGCCAGAUCUCUGCUAUCAAAAUAAAGUUUCAAAUUGUGAGAUUUUUAGUCAGCUAUAAAUAAACUAGACUCACUUUAAAUUUUCAUUAAUUUGGGAACAAAAUGAUAAUUUUAUCUGUUUGUGCCACUAUCGA